AGGGAAUAAAAGAAGUGUACACGUGCAAGAUCCAUUCCCAUUGUGAAGAAGCUCUAAACUUCCAAUUUCUCACAAUUACGGAUCUUAUGAGUUCCAAGAGAAUGAAGCAAUCAAAAGACCCAUUCGAAGCCGCAUUCGAGGAAUCACCACCAGAAUCCCCAAUCGAAACCGAACCAGACCCAGACGCAGACACUGAGAUUCCACCAUCCACUUCCUUGAUUUCCCAAACCACUCACACCAACGAAGAAGACAAUCAAUUCAAAAACACCAACUCCACUAACAACGCCACAAUCGCCAAGAAUAAAGAUGAUGAUGACGAUGAAGAAGAAGAUAACAUGGAUGUUGAGCUUGCUAAAUUUCCUACUGCUGGUGAUCCUCACAAAAUGGCUAAGAUGCAGGCUAUUUUGUCACAAUUCACUGAAGAACAAAUGAGUAGAUAUGAGUCAUUUCGUAGAGCUGGGUUCCAGAAAGCUAAUAUGAAACGGUUAUUAGCAAGCAUCACCGGGACCCAGAAAAUCUCUAUACCAAUUACGAUUGCAGUAUCAGGGAUUGCAAAAGUGUUUGUAGGUGAAGUUGUGGAAACAGCUAGAAUGGUUAUGAAGGAGAGGAAAGAAUCUGGACCAAUCCGGCCAUGUCAUCUGAGAGAAGCACAUAGACGACUAAAGCUUGAAGGGAAAGUCUUCAAGAGAACAACUUCGAGGCUAUUUCGGUAGUGGACCAAAUAUGAUUCUUGGUAUAUCAUAUGAUUGGCUUGCAACAGUGGCAUGCAUGCAGGAAAAAUGUUUAAUCCAGCUUAUCCAAUCAAGUGGAAUGAGUGAAUCAAUGUUGGUAGGUAAAAUGGGCAAGUUUCCUACAAAAUAAAAUAUGUUGUGGACUUGGCAACAUAAUUUUUUUUUGUAAGUUGUGUCAAAUACUAAUAUUCAGUGCUUUUAUUUAUUGUAUUAUAAUAUACUACCUUUUCCUCCAUCAACUAGUAACCCUAGCAAGUUUUUACAAGCAACAAAUUCGAGCACAGAGUUCUUACAAUAGGUCAAUUUGGGAGCUCUCCAUUAGACAACCAGUUAUUUGGUGCAAUGCCUCAACGAGGUUAAAUUACUUUGCAAAGUACCAAAGUUCCUUGACUGGGAAUGCCCCUUCCAAAUUUGCUCGUUGUAACAAAUAACACCUAAUAUUUUAUUCAAACAAUAAAUUGCAAAUGAAGAGAAUUAGAAUAUUUUUUUCUUUUUA